AUGACUUCUGAGACAUUCCUCGCCCGCCUUUGCGAGCAGGCUGAGCGCUACGAUGAUCGCUUCCCCCGCACCCCUUUUCUUGCCUUGCUGACCCCGCAUCAGAUUGGAGGCGAGCUUACCGUCGAUGAGCGUAACCUUCUUUCCGUUGCCUACAAGAACGUGGUCGGCACCCGCCGUGCUUCCUGGCGUAUCAUCUCCUCCAUUGAACAGAAGGAGGAGUCCAAGGGCUCUGAGCAACACGUCUCGAUCAUCCGUGACUACCGACAGAAGAUCGAAACCGAGCUGGAGAAGGUCUGCCAGGAUGUUCUUGACGUUCUGGACGAGUCCCUCAUUCCCAAGGCCGAGACUGGCGAGUCCAAGGUUUUUUACUACAAGAUGAAGGGCGACUACCACCGUUAUCUUGCUGAAUUUGCUUCUGGCAACAAGCGUAAGGUUGCUGCUACUGCUGCCCACGAGGCCUACAAGAACGCCACCGACGUUGCCCAGACUGAUCUCACCCCCACUCACCCCAUCCGCUUGGGUCUUGCCUUGAACUUCUCCGUGUUCUACUACGAGAUCCUGAACUCUCCCGAUCGUGCCUGCCACCUUGCCAAGCAGGCUUUCGAUGAUGCCAUCGCCGAGCUUGAUUCGCUCUCGGAGGAAAGCUACCGUGACAGCACCCUUAUCAUGCAGCUCCUGCGUGACAACCUUACCCUUUGGACUUCUUCCGAUGGCCAGGAGCCCGAGGGUGCUGCUUCUAAGGAAGACAAGCCUGAAGAGGAGUCUGCCCCUGCCCCCGAGGACAAGGGUGAGGAAUCCAAGCCUGCCGCCCCUGAGUCUUAA